AUUUUUUCCCAACCAAUUUGCCACCUACCAUGCCUAUCUGCACGCACCCGUCGCGCGGUUUAUUAGCCUCUUUUCUCCUGCGAAUCACGGCGAGCUGAUCAGCGAUUAGGCGAAGCAAACGUACCAAAUUAUAAUGGGUGACGCCCAGCGGCGGCAGCUUCUCCUCGUCGCCCUCAUGCUCGCCGCCGCCGCAGACCACUCGCUGGCCGGCUUCUUCGGCGGCGCGCCGCCGGCGUCUGGUCCCGCCGCCGCCGCCGCCGACAACGACGAGAAGUGCAGCCGGACGUGCGAGUCGGAGCACUGCCUGGGCACGUAUGCACAGGCGCCGUUGAUGCGGUACGGCAAGUACUGCGGCGUGUCGUACACCGGGUGCCCCGGCGAGGCCCCCUGCGACGCCCUCGACGCCUGCUGCAUGCUCCACGACGCAUGUGUCCAGGCCACCGACAAUGACUACCUCAACAUGCUGUGCAACCAGAGCCUGCUGGACUGCGUGGCGGCGGUGAGGUCGCCGGCGGCGAGGAUCAGGACGUUCGAGGGGAACCAGUGCAACGUGACGGACGUCGCCGACGAGAUCACGUCGCUCGUCGAGGCCGCCGUCUUCGCCAAGAGGAUCCUGCAUAGGCCGUAGCUUUAAUUAGCUAGCUUGUAGCCGCCACAUGUAAUUAAUUGUUGUUUUUGCUAAUUAAGCUGCUACUGUGCAUGUUGUCUGGCAUCAUAGAUCGAUGCACAUUGAUUAAUUAAUUCCAGUCGUCUCCGGAUGCUACAAAAA